ACCCAACAGUGUUCAUGGGUCGGGCGAAUCUGCAAAACCCGAAUUCGUUCCUCUCGCUGACUCUCUAAUCUGUAUCUGUGUGUUUGGUUGUGAUUGAAUUUGAGUGUGCCAGCACUGAGCAAUGAUGGCUUUGGGAACACUAACUAGACAGUUGCGGAAUAAACUCUUCCCUCUGUUAUCUCCCACUUCCAGGCUUCUACAUUCUCACGCCACAAGUUUUGGAUUCAAACAAGUGAACGAAGAUGAAAAAGCACGCAUGGUUGGUGAUGUGUUUACAAGCGUUGCUUCGAACUACGAUGUCAUGAAUGACCUGAUGAGUGCUGGAUUGCAUAGAUUGUGGAAGGAUAGGCUCGUUUCCAAGCUGAAUCCAUUUCCUGGAAUGAAGCAUCUUGAUGUGGCUGGUGGCACAGGAGAUGUUGCUUUUAGAAUCUUGGAGAACAUAAACAGAGUUAAGCAGAGAGAACUCAGACGUGUUUUUAAUGAUACUGUAGAGGAAGAAACUCGGAUAUAUGUAUGUGACAUUAACCCUAAUAUGCUAAAUGUUGGCAAACAGCGUGCCUUCGAGAAGGGUUUUGGUGAAGAUGGUUCCCUUGUAUGGGUAGAGGGAAAUGCUGAAAGCUUGAGUUUCAAAAACGAUUCAAUGGAUGGUUACACUAUUGCAUUUGGGAUAAGGAAUGUUACACACAUAGAGAAAGUGCUUAGUGAAGCUCAUAGGGUAUUGAAACCAGGAGGCAGAUUCCUUUGCCUUGAACUGAGCCAUGUUGGUAUUCCUAUAUUUAAAGAAUUGUAUGACUAUUAUUCUUUCUCAGUUAUUCCAUACAUGGGAGGGCUGGUAGCUGGUGACCGGGAAUCCUAUCAGUACUUAGUUGAGAGUAUCCGGCGUUUCCCCUCACAGGAAAAAUUUGCGUCGAUGAUUGCGGAUGCAGGGUUCCAGAAAGUUGAGUAUGAGAAUCUAGUUGGGGGAGUGGUUGCCAUCCAUUCAGGGCUAAAAAUUUGACAUAUUUAUGAGCUUUACUCUCAAUUAUGUAAUAAUUCAUGCAUUUUUCUCGACCGUCUACGGGCAUGAAGAUCAAGUUUGAUAUUGUUAGAACUAGGAGAGGAGAGUUUCUUAGAAUGUGUACUGUAAUUUCUGCCGUUAGAUUUGGUGUUUCCAAUUCUUUUACCGGGACUUUAACAAAUUUUCUCGAAACAUGUAUAUAUGCCUCUC